GGCAAGCAGUGCGACUGGACUUCAAUCAUGCGCACAGCUCUGCACUCUGCGCUCUCUGACAUUGUAGUGGCGUGUUGCCUAAUAGAAACGUGAACCACGAACUUUUGCCCUCUCUUGUGUGAUGAGAAACAAAAAAAGAACCACAAAGAAGUGACCAUGUUUUCGCAAAAUCCGAUAAGUAGCCUUGCUAAAUAUGUUUCGAAGCCGUCGGCCGUGGGACAGGUUGAGGUUUGUAUGGUUGAAUGUCAGUCUUCUUGCGCUGUUAGGACCGUUGUCCCAGACGGAGAAACCGUAGACCAUGGGAGCGUAGCAAAUCAGGCUGAUCUGAAGGAGAAGGUAUGUCCCUGUGAGGCCUGGUGUCUCCAGAAGACGGCAUAUGAGAACCUGGCCUACGAGCCUGGGAGUCAGACUGAGCUCUACCCCCAACCCCGGGCCCUCUCCCGGGCUGUUUUCCAGCUCUCUGGCCUCACCCCCAAGUCCUCCAUCCAGGCCAUCGAGAGCCCCAUCGCUAGCCUGAAGGGAGUGGUGUCUGUCGACUUCUCCGCGGCCAGUGGCCUGGCUCAGGUGGACUAUAACGCAUCAUCUAUCUCUACCAGGGAGUUAUCUCUGGAGAUCCAGGCCAUGGGCUACGGCAUUGUGGACGUGGCUGGGGAAGAGGUGACUAAGAUCGGGGAGACAGAGGCCACAGAGUUUCUGACGAGGAUAAGGGUGGAGGGUAUGACAUGCCAGUCCUGUGUGCACUCCAUCGAGGGACGGAUAGGGACCCUGCCAGGGGUUCUGCACAUCAAGGUGUCUCUGAGCGAGCAAGAGGCAGUAGUACGAUUUCAGCCCCACACAGUGACAUCUGUGGAGCUAAAGGAACAGAUUGAGAAUAUGGGAUUUGGCGCAACUCUUACAAACAAAGACACAAGUAUCGAUUGUGGGCAAGGGGAGACACCUGCGUCAUCCUCCAUCUUGGAUUCACUGACUCAGACGUCAGUCAUUGGGAUUGUAGGGAUGACCUGUAAUUCAUGUGUCCGGUCCAUAGAGGGGAAGAUCUCUGAGAUGACUGGGGUGUGUUCUAUAGUGGUGUCGUUAAAUGAGGAAAAGGGAACCGUCACCUUUGAUUCCAAUCUGACUCAGCCAGAGGAACUAAGGGCAGCCAUUGAAGGCAUGGGAUUUGAUGCUUCACUCAUAGAAUCUGGUUCUGCAGAAACUCUACCAACUCCUCCACUUCAAAGACCAAAGACCCCCCUUUCCCCCUACUCCCCCAAAAUGGCUCACAGUAGCUCUGACCUUACCAAGACUUCCAUUAACGGUAGCUCUGGCUCUACCAAGAUGGCCACUGCCGGUGAGGAGGGGAAGGUUCAGAAGUGCUUCAUCCGUGUGACAGGCAUGACCUGUGCCUCCUGUGUGGCCAACAUUGAGAGGAACUUACUCAAACACAGAGGUGUCAUCUCAGUGCUGGUUGCCCUCAUGGCUGGUAAGGCGGAGGUGAAGUAUGACCCUGGUUUUGUUGAUGCCAAGCGGAUAACACAGCUCAUAGAGUGCCUAGGCUUCGGUGCCACGCUGAUAGAGGACAACGCUGUUAUGGACGGGAAACUGGACCUCUCUGUAACUGGGAUGACGUGUGCGUCGUGUGUCCAUAACAUUGAGUCCAAACUCACCAGGACCAAAGGGAUUCUAGAAGCCUCAGUUGCACUGGCAACCAACAAAGCCCAGAUCAAGUUUGACCCAGAAGUGCUUGGAGCUCGUGACAUCAUCAGAAUGAUUGAGGGGCUAGGCUUUGGGGCGUCUCUAAUGAAAGCUGAAGGCUUUGGGAACAACCUGGAUCAUGGGGAGGAGAUUCAACAGUGGAAGAACUCAUUCCUGUUCAGUCUGGUGUUUGGGGUGCCAGUGAUGGGUUUGAUGAUCUACAUGAUGGUGAUGGACAGUCAGCACGGGGAACACGGUGGCUCUAUGCCCGAGGAGCAGAACCUUCUCCCAGGCCUCUCCCUCCUCAACCUGGCCUUCUUCCUCCUCUGUACACCUGUCCAGAUCUUUGGGGGUCGUUAUUUCUACAUGCAGGCGUACCGCUCGUUGAGACACCGCACGGCUAACAUGGACGUCCUCAUCGUCUUGGCAACUUCCAUCGCCUACGUCUACUCAGUUGUGGUCCUCGUCGUGGCGAUGGCAGAGAGAGCCAAUCAGAGCCCUGUCACCUUCUUUGACACCCCGCCCAUGCUCUUCGUCUUCAUCGCCCUGGGCCGGUGGCUGGAGCACAUAGCAAAGAGCAAGACAUCUGAGGCACUGGCCAAGCUGAUGUCACUGCAGGCUACGGAUGCCACUGUGGUCACGUUAGGUCCUGACCACUCCAUCCUCAGUGAGGAGCAGGUGUCGGUGGAGCUGGUCCAGAGAGGGGACAUAGUGAAGGUGGUGCCUGGGGGAAAGUUCCCUGUGGACGGGAAGGUGAUCGAGGGAAGCUCCAUGGCAGAUGAGUCCCUCAUUACAGGUGAGCCCAUGCCUGUGAGUAAGAAGCCUGGCAGUUCAGUGAUAGCUGGCUCCAUCAACGCCCACGGAUCUCUUCUGGUGCAGGCCACCCACGUAGGAGCAGACACUACCCUCUGUCAGAUAGUCAAACUAGUGGAGGAGGCACAGACAUCCAAGGCCCCCAUCCAGCAGUUUGCAGACAGACUGAGUGGCUACUUUGUCCCAUUCAUAGUCACUGUCUCAGUGCUAACACUGCUGGUCUGGCUGGUGAUCGGCUUUGUCAACUUCCACGUUGUGAAGGAGUACUUUCCUGGUUACGAUGAGAACAUCCCCAAGACAGACGUUAUUGUCCGCUUCGCCUUCCAGGCCUCCAUCACAGUCCUGUCCAUCGCCUGCCCCUGCUCUCUGGGCCUGGCGACCCCGACAGCUGUCAUGGUGGGCACGGGGGUCGGAGCCCAGAACGGCAUCCUCAUCAAGGGAGGGGAACCGCUGGAGAUGGCCCACAAGAUCGGUGCGGUGAUGUUUGAUAAGACGGGCACCAUCACUAACGGUGUCCCGCGGGUGACGAGGGUGUUGGUGCUGUGGGAGAGGGCACGGCUGCCCCUGCGUAAGGUCCUGGCACUGGUUGGCACAGCGGAGGCCAGCAGCGAACACCCACUGGGGAUUGCUGUGGCCAAGCACUGCAAAGAGGAGCUGGAGACAGAUGUGCUGGGUUCCUGUAAGGACUUCCAGUCGGUGCCAGGCUGUGGGAUCAGCUGUAAGGUGUCUAACAUUGAGGAGGUACUGCUGGAGGUUGACCGGGGCUCCUGUCAUACCCAGCAGGUCACACUGCAGGGGGCCACGACUGACGAGAGCAGCCUGGUCGGUGACACCGUGUCAGUGUCAGGUGCCUCUGCUAGCCCCUCCUAUUCGGUCCUGAUCGGGAACAGAGAGUGGAUAAGGCGGAACGGGCUUCAUGUAGGAGCUGACGUGGACGACGCCAUGUCCAGCCACGAGACCAAGGGGCAGACAGCCAUCCUCGUAGCUAUAGAUGGUGUACUGUGUGCCAUGCUGGCCAUAGCAGACACAGUGAAGCCAGAGUCUGCCCUGGCUGUCCAUACGUUACUCAGCAUGGGGAUAGAGGUGGUCAUGAUCACUGGGGACAACAGACGUACUGCUAAGGCUAUAGCCACACAGGUGGGCAUCAGGAAGGUGUUUGCGGAGGUACUGCCGUCCCACAAGGUGGCCAAGGUGCAGGAGCUGCAGGAGAGGGGUCUGAGGGUGGCCAUGGUGGGCGACGGGGUCAAUGACUCGCCCGCCCUCGCCCGCGCCGACGUUGGCAUCGCCAUAGGGACGGGCACCGACGUGGCCAUAGAGGCAGCUGACGUGGUGCUGAUCAGGAAUGAUCUGUUAGACGUGGUGGCCUGUAUUGAGCUGUCCAAGAAGACUGUUCAGAGGAUACGCAUCAACUUUGUCUUCGCUCUCAUCUAUAACCUGGUAGGGAUUCCCAUCGCCGCAGGUGUGUUUCUUCCCGCUGGUCUGGUCCUACAGCCAUGGAUGGGUUCAGCAGCUAUGGCUGCUUCCUCUGUGUCUGUGGUCGUCUCUUCCCUCCUGCUAAAACUGUAUAAGAAAACGUCAAUUGAGACGUUUGAGUUCCGGGCCCAGGGGAACAUGAAGAGCCUGAGCCCCAGCCAGGUGAGCACCCACGUGGGUCUGGAUGACCGGCGACGAACCCCUCCCUCCCUCCGCGGGGCCUGGGAGCGCCUGAGCCAGGGCAGCCGCCUCUCCGUGCCCAUCUCCCUCUCCAGCCAGCCGGCCAGCCGAGGUCCAUCCACCCACUCUCUCCAGGACCAGGACCGCUGCUCCCUGCUGGACCACGAGAAGGAAGUGGGCCUCAUAGUGUAGCAAGGUGCCAGGGAGAGGAGGUUAUGUCGAAAGGGAAACUACCUGUCCUAUGGAAAUCGUCUGAUGGAAAGGUCCAAGGGAAACUGUCCACAUUCCUUAGUCGUAUCCUAUUCAUUAUUAAUUAUUAUGAGGAAAUGUUAUUAGUUUUCAACUUUUGGAGGGUGAUUGUCAUGUGUGGUGUGCCUACCUGUUGUCUGUUAUGAGUGUGUUCUAAUGAUACAUUUGUCUCUCCUUUGUCCCUGUAGUCCUUACUGUACAAUUACCAAAUAUAUUUCAGUAAAAUCCA